AAGGUCAAAAUGUUGGAAGAAGUGCAAUACAUUAGACUUCCGUCGAAAGCCUACCGAACGAUACCCAACUCGAACAGGUUACACAUUGCCGCCGAUGGAUUACCACCGAAGCGGCACUUUGUGAAAGUGAAUGUAGCUGAAUUUGUGAAUGAAAUUAAAAAGCGACCCAUUCUUUACAACGUGCUGCACAAGGAUUACAAGCGGAUAUGCUUGCGGAACAACUCCUGGGUUGAGGUAGCGCUGGCCAUGAACUUGUCCGUGCAGGAGUGCAAGAAACGAUGGCGCAGCAUGCGUGAUGCCUUUCUCAAGACCGUCCGCAACAAGAACGAGAACGAGCGCAAAUCGUGGAUACACUAUCGGUUGCUAGAGUUUAUGCUUCCGUAUGUCGCUUUCCCUAAAGAAGAUUACGAAGCAGCAAACGAUUAUAAUCAGAGUAGUGACGUUGAAGAAAGUAUGGGUUAUGUUGAAUUUGAUUCCGACGAUGAACUGUACGAUGGUCCCGUCACCGUGUCGUAUGUGACACAGGAUGGUAAACAGGUGUAUCAGGUGAUGCACACACCUGCCCAAGACAGCAUCUCAACAUCGGGUGGUGUAAUAAUCCAGGAGGAAUCGGAAGAUGAGAUUGAGGAUUGUAACGAUGAACAGCAGCUCCUUCAACCGUUGGCCUACAAUUCAACAACGGGGACUGAAUACCUUUUAGCAUCCUGUACGGACGACGAGAGUGAACACGAAACGGAACUUUACGAAGAGCAACCAAGUAUGGCGCUAAUCGACGACGAAAAGCUUACGGAACCUGUUCCUGAAUGUCCUACGAGUUAUAACUCUCAAGAACAGCCGGACGAUACGAUACCGAGCGAUCCUGAAUUUUCUACGAAACGGGCAAGAAUAGAACCAACCAAAAUAACAUCUAACGAAGCUCCUUCACGAUCUUCGUCCCCUUCCCCAGCUCCGUCGUUAUCAUCGGCGGAAUCAGCAGCACCAAAUCCACCACCACAGGAAGAAUCUAAAGAAACAGACGCAAGGUUGGGCAUUACCGAUCCGGACGAAAGGUUUCUUCUCUCCUGCGCUCCGAUUCUUCGAAGGCUACCCAACAAAAAGAAUGUCCUAGCAAGGCUUAAAAUACAGCAGAUGCUGUUCGAGCUAGAGUACGACGAGAAGUAUAGCUACGAAGGAUCGUGAUCGAAUGAGAGUCUUCGUCUGCGUUGUUUAAGUUCAUUCCCGGUAAUUU